AGUCACUUCAGAGAGCUGAGCAAACUUCUGUUACACACAGUUACGAUGAAAGUGUUUGAGGCUUCCUUUGUGAAAUACUGAAAACUACAGAGGGACACUAAAUCAUAGAGGGGCAGUGAAACUAUGGAAAUACCAGCAAUAAAUCUCAAGGCCAUCGUGUUGGCUCACUGGUUACUGACAAUCUGGGCAUGUUCGAUCACCUGGCUUCCUACUUCUUACGUGUUGGGGAACGUGAGUGCUCUUGCAGUGGGAGUGUGGGCCAUUGCACAGAGAGACUCCAUAGACGCUGUAUUAAUGUUCUUGAUUGUGUUGGCAGUGACCAUCCUGACUGACAUUGUUCAUUUUGGGCUGUACUAUGCGGAGGUUGAAAGCCAUUAUGAGAGAAACCUGGACUUGUUCCGCUUUUGUGGGGGCAUGGCCAUCCUGAGCCUGCUGCUCAAACCUGUUUCCUGCGUCUUUGUCUACCAGAUGUAUCGUGAGCGGGGUGGCGAAUACAACGUCAACUUCGGUUUUCCAAGGAUAACUCGAAACAGAGAUGCCUACCAGUCCAUUGACCACCAGGGCCAGUCUGGCAGCUCUGCCAGCUCCUACAACCAAGCAGAAGGUGGCAAACCUGGGCCAAGUUCCUACUAAACAAAGACCAAACCCAAGAUAUAACCAACCAGCUUUCUUUGCUACCAAGGCCAUAAUGCAUAAGGAAUUUUUAUUUGGUUUAUGGAACUAUUUUGUUUUAGAAUAUUAUUUUUUGUAUUUCAUGAAUACAUAGUACAAGCUUCAAAAACAAUGAAUGAGAUUUUUUGAGCAAACUAUUCAAACAGCUUUACAUUUGGUUGUUUUUCAGCCUGAGGUUUGUGAAGCUCAUAAUGUGCAGUUUCAUAUUAGUAAGGUCUCCUGAAGCUGUAUUUUGGGGUGUUAUGCUGCCAAGUGUCCAUCUGUUACUGUUGGUGAAUUAUUACUUCUUUUCCAAGACAGUUUGUUAUACUCAGCAUACUGUAGUUUUUUAAAUUUACUUACUUGAAUUAUUUUUUGUUUGCAGUGGAACUGCAACAUUUGUUUAUUUUGUAAAUCUUUUAAGGAUUCAAAAGAUUCUGGUA